AUGAAUAUAUAAUUGAGAAAUAGCAACUCACAGUCUUGUGAACUUAUAGAACAACAUCCAAAAAUAAAUUCAAAAAUAAAAUUAAUGAAUCAAAAAUUGAAACAAGAUAUCUCUAUUGUAUUAAUCCUAUGGACAUUAUUUAAUGCUGUUUAGAAUGAAUAGUGUGAGAACAAUUAUUAAAAUUCAUGUCUGUGUGAAUCUGAUGGUUUAACUGGAUGUUCAACCAUACACUAUUGUGUUGAUAUUACAGCAUCAUCUGAAAAAUGCAAUGCAGAAUCUGGUACAUCUGUAAGCAUGUGAAACUUCGACGUAGACAAUGUGCUCAUCCACACUUUGUUUCGAUCUAUCAGCAAGUUUUGGUCUGGAUCUACUCUAUCUGAUUGUAUAUGUGAACCUCAAGAAAAUCAUAUUGUGAUUCAACUAAAAUAUGUUAAAGGAAUUCAUGUCUGGUAAUCCUAAUUGCAAAGCUAUAAAUUAAAAUAAUUGCUCAUGUGUAAGCUCAACAAAAUAAUAAUGUAGUUCAAUUACUUUAUUUCAAAGACCCAAAAGCAUCACAUGGAACAUGUUUUAAUAAAUGCUAAGUUCAACAGUAAAUGAUUGUAUCUGUGGUUCAACAGCACUAUCAUAUUGUACUUCGACUUAGAGAUGUGAAGAUAAUAUGGCUAGUUCAGGAAAUUGUUUGAAUAUUUGUACUAGAAACUUUUAAAUUAAUUGUUCUUGUGGAUAAAAUCAAUUUAGUAAUUUUAAUAGUUCAAACUAUUGUUCGAAUGCUACAGCUAAUAAUGGAUAUUGCUGUGAUAAUUGUACAAAUAACAUCAAAUAAUCUUUUAUUUCUGGAACUAGUACAAAUAAGGAUGUUCUUGUUCAUAAAGAUGUGAAGAUCCAAAUGCAAAUAGUGGUAAUUGUAUUUCAAUACCUAAUCUUAUUAAUAAUUUUGAUAAUUCUUGUUAAUGAGGUACAUCUUAGGUUACUGUAUGCUCAUUGUCUACUUAUUGUACUAAUAUAAGGGAUUCAACAAAAAUUUGCAUAUAUAUUGUACCCAAACUUAGAAAUCAAAUUGUAUUUGUGGUUCCAUUAAUAAAGUUAAUUUGUUCAAAUACAAAAAUAUAUUAGAAUGCCAAAGAUUAAAAUUGAAAUUGCAUUGAAAAAUGUCAAGCCAAUUUAUAAACAAGCUGUUUAUGUGGUAAUUCAGCAACUUCAAUUAUUAAUUCAAUUGAACAUUGUCAUGAUUAUAAAAAACCUACAGGUACUUCUAAAGCAAUUGUGUUUUUGGAUUAUCAAGUUAUUCAGAAUGUUCAUCUACAACUUAUUGUUCAUCAAAAUAAUCAGAAUUUUGUUUAGGAGAAUGUUCUCUCCCGUUAUCAUCAAAUUGCAUUUGUGAAAAUAAAGUCAAAUAAGUAUGUUCAAGUUAUGAAAAAUGUGAAGAUUCAUAUACAUAUAUACUAAAAUUGUUUAAUGUUUGGAGUUGUAAAUGUAAAAUAAAAAAUAAGAUUCUCAUCUGUAAUGGAAUAUGUAAUUUAGGAACUUGUGUAUAAUUACUGAAAUAAAAUUGUACUUAAUGUACCAAUAGGCAUACUUAUUGCAAUAAAAAUGAAUAUUGUUAGAUUAUACAGCUGUUAAGGGAAUUUGUUUUUAAAAAUGUAAGUAAAAUAAAAAUAAUUGUCUAUGUGGAAUAAAUUCUAUUAAUGAAGCUAUGUAUCAUCUUAUUGUUUAUUGCAAUAAAGAGGUGUUUGUAUGACAGAAUGUACUUCUACUAAUUAUUAAAAUUGUUUGAUACUAUCUGA